GUGACGUAAAAUAGUAGCAGCCCUUUCCGCCCCCUUUUCGUUGAGGCUCAGCUAGUGGCCGGUCAGCAAACAUGCAGAUCUUCGUGAAAACGUUGACGGGAAAGACCAUUACCCUUGAGGUUGAACCCAGCGACACUAUCGAAAAUGUCAAGGCAAAGAUCCAAGACAAGGAAGGUAUUCCCCCUGAUCAGCAACGUCUGAUCUUUGCUGGAAAACAGCUUGAGGAUGGGCGCACGCUGUCAGACUACAACAUCCAGAAAGAAUCAACCCUCCAUCUGGUUCUCCGUCUGCGUGGUGGCAUCAUUGAACCCUCACUCAGAAUGCUGGCCCAGAAGUACAACUGUGACAAGAUGAUCUGUCGCAAAUGUUAUGCCCGUCUGCACCCCCGUGCCGUCAACUGCCGCAAGAAGAAAUGCGGACACACCAACAACCUUCGCCCCAAGAAGAAGCUGAAGUAAAUUCUUCGGUUGGAUUGGCAUUCUGUGCCAUGUUGUGUUAAAAUAAAUAUGAGAAAAUGACAAA